AUGGCCGCUAACUACACACCUAAAUACUUCAACAUCACAUUCCCUCAAGAACAUGUCGCACAUGUCGAGAUCAACCGGCCGAACCAGCUAAAUGCGUUCUUCGAGGCCAUGUGGAUCGAGCUCGGCCACCUCUUCAACCAACUCUCGACAGACCCCGCCGUCCGCUCAAUAAUCAUCUCCGGCGCAGGCGAGAAGGCAUUCACAGCAGGCCUCGACGUAAAAGCCGCCAGCCAGGGCCUCCUCGCCUCAGACUCGAAGACCACAGACCCAGCCCGCAAAGCCGUGCAUCUGCGCCGCGAAAUCGGUGGCUUCCAGGACUGCAUAACCGCGAUUGAGAAAUGCGAGAAGCCCGUCGUCGUUGCUAUGCACGGCUUCUCGCUGGGCCUGGCGAUCGACCUCUCAUCCGCCGCGGAUGUGCGCUACUGUGCGAAGGACACCCGAUUUGCCGUUAAGGAGGUGGAUAUUGGGCUUGCGGCGGAUGUGGGCACCCUCAGUCGGUUGCCCAAGAUCGUGGGGAACUUCGGAUGGGUCAAGGAUGUUGCGCUGACGGCGAGGUUGUUUGGCGCCGAGGAAGCGCUGCGGGUUGGGUUUGUGAGUCGUGUCUUCGAGACGAAGGAGGAGGCUGUCAAGGGAGCUCUUGAGCUUGCCACGCUCAUGGCGAGUAAGAGUCCAAUUGCCGUGCAAGGAACAAAGGAACUGUUGAACUGGUCGAGGGAUCAUACCGUGCAGGAUGGCCUCCGAUACACAACAAUAUGGAACAGCGCCGCUCUGCAAACUAGCGACGUACAGUCAGCCUUACUAUCUGGCAUCCAGAAGCGGAAGCCAACAUUUGAGAAGCUCUAA